CGGUCAUCAGUUGGGUGAAUCGAGACCUUUACCUUCUGCAAGUGAGGCAACCUCAGGCAAGCUCUUUCUCCUGACGGUAAUAGAGAUGACUCUUCUGUCGAAUCGAGUGCACCCGGCUGAUCUCAAGCCUGGCGACCACAUUUACACAUGGCGGUCUUGUUAUGCUUACACCUAUCAUGGGAUCUAUGUGGGAAAGGAUGAAGUUGUUUUCUUCAAUGGGUUUAUGCACAACCUUCAUAUAAGCCAGCUGCACAGGAUUCACUCCAUCUCAGCAGGAACUGUGCACUCGUCAUCGACGCCACUGAGAAUCUCUGCUCCAACACCACCACACUCCGAUCCCUCCAUGGUCAUAAAACCAUUGUGCCCUUCUGCAGCGGUUUCUGCAGCAUCUUCUUUGAUCUCCAGCUCUGGCAUGCGUUCGCCAGUAGUUUCCCUUUGUAACUCGUUGCCACCUAUGCCUGCCACGCAAGUAGAGACUGCAGCACCUGCUGUGCCUGCAGUGCCCGCGACUCCUGUUGCAUCUGCUGAUGCCUUGUUGGUGCCUUGUGUCGCUGCCUCCCUAGCAGGUGAUCCGUCCAUCAGAGCGUCCACUUUGUGCACUGCUGUGCCUGCAGUGCCCGCGACUCCGGUUGCAUCUGCUGAUGCCUUGUCGGUGCCUUGCGUCGCUGCCUCCUUAGCAGGUGAUCCGUCCAUCAGAGCAUCCACUUUGUGUACAACCGAUAUGUCACCUACCCGCUCCACUUCCUUGGACUCUUCCCCUACUUCGCGUGAUGCACAUCAUCUAGUACUAGCUGAGCAAUCAACUUGCUCACAGCCAAACACUGAGCCGGUAGCAAGGAACGAGCAAGAUGCUUGUUGCGAUAAUGCCAUGCACGAGAUUGCUGCGUUAAUGAAAGGCUCCGUGGUCAGGUCGAAUCUGGUGCAAUUUCUUCUUGGAGGAGAGCUUUAUCGCUACCAGUACGGGGUUGCCCGUCUCGCCAAGGUCGUCAAACUAAGGGGCACCUGUACAAUGGCCCAAUCAGAUCCUGCGGAAGCUGUGCUCCAUCGGGCUAAAUAUCUUCUGCAACAUCCUUUCGGGUUUGGGCCAUACGAUCCUCUGCGGAACAAUUCAGAGGACUUUGCCUUGUAUUGCAAAACAGGGUUAGUUUUCUUGCCCGAUCCGGCGGCUGAGGGCGAGAAGCAGGCUCAUGCUGGAGGGAUGGUUGCCGUGCUGAAGAAAGCGGCUUUAGCAGCAAUUAAUGGUACUAUUGCUGCUGUGCAUUCACUGUCUGUGUCAGAGGCGAUUGCACUGUUCGUGUUACACUCGUCAAAAGAGUUUGUUGCGAAAGAGGGACAGCACCAUGCAAAGAACUGCACUCAAGCUUCUGCUGCUAUUUCGACUAUCGCGACAGUGGCAUACGGAGUCGAGCACCCGAUAUCAAUUCCAUUCACGCUUGCCAAGUUCUUGUUGGAGGUGCGAGAGGAAUACAUCCUGAAGCACGGAAUCGAAUGCCUUCCGUCGACUGAUGACACCGUGCACCAACCGAUUCUUCUGUCAGGUAGACUGUCUGGUUCCGUACCCCCUGUCGUGGGGACAGGGGCAGAAACGUCUGAUACAUCUGUGAAGGGAGAGCCAUUACAGCGCUCUCCUUCUUUCUCUCAGCAAUGGACGACCUUUUUCGACUUUGCGUUGGACAGAGCGAAGGAGGUUUUGGAGGCCUCUGCGGAUGGGUGUGGUACCUCCAUAAGGAGCAGUGAAGCUGAUGCCGCCAUCUCAGCGAUCGCUGCCCUCAAGUCAUCGCACACACUUCUUGAGGCUUACAUUAGCUUGCAAUUGAGAGGGGGAGGGGGAGGGGGAGGUUCAAUCGGGUUUGUGUAUGGUGAUGGAUCACAGGAAAGGGUAGAUUCCUCACUUAUCGAUAGGGCAGAAGGAGAGAGAGAGCGUCAUGCAUUACUCCAAAAGAGAAUGAUGUAUGUGAGAGAACCUGACAGAGCGGCAGCUCUGGAUUCACAACAAGCAGGUUGCAGUCGAGCUGCUGCCACUGCAGCUGGCGGUGGUGCUGCUGCUGCCGCAGGUGCGUCAGGGACAGCCACCUCAACGGGUAAAAACAAGAUGAUCUGCAACAGGCCGACAGCGCUGCCCCUCAUGACGACGCCUCCAGGGGACGCUGGUAGAGGAAGCGCCAAACCGGCAUUUGUGGUGGUGGAGGAUGACAGCAAACCGGAUCUAAGGGACUUGCUGUAUGACAGUCUCGAGACAGAGCCAACACUGCUGAAACCUCCGCCUUUUCGCCGGUGAUAGGGAGGAAAAGGAAGAGGAGGGGAGGGAGGUGGGGGAAGAGAGGGAAAUAGAGGAAGAAGGAAGAGGAGAGGGAGGUUUGACGGGGAGAAGGGGGGGGGGAGGAGGCGGGAAGAGGGGUAGUGGAGGAGAAGCGAGGGGGGCGUUUGGUCUGAUGAAGAGGACACCUGGCGGAAAUGCAGUGCGCAACGGCACAGUUUGAGGUGUUGUUGCUGUCCAUGUUCGUGCGCAGUUUGAUGGCAGAGGGUGUAGCUAAAGAUGGCCGAAGGCGGAAGAUGGCACAAAUUUUGCAAGUACACAAGGAUAAGAGGUGCCUCACUGCGACACCUGGUGUCUUCAUUUUCUAUCUGAAGAGAAAUGUCAGUUGAACUUUACAAAAUUGAGGAACUUGAAAUUGUUGUACCUGCUGAGGCAAGAAUGCUUAAGCUGUUCCUCCGCAUUGGAGUUUUUAUUCUUGCAGUUUUUUUUUGUGGCAUCCAGAAAAAGCUCUGUAAUGAGAAGGCCUGUACACAGCUAUGGAAUAGAGAGAAGUGGUAGAGAUGAAUGAAUGUGCACAGAGGAAUAUGUCGUUGUUCAUUUAGCAAUCUUUAGCAUUUGGCCAUGUGGAUUAGCAUUUUGGCUAUGUGGUCCUUAUGUGGAUUAGCAUUUGGCUAUAUGGAAUAGCCAUAGCUAGGAAGCACAGCUUCGACGAAUUUGCUGUUACUUAAAGCAUUUGGCUUUGCCAGACAGUGAGAAGCUAGGAGGGCACGUUUUCAAUUAUGCAUUACUCAGGGUAUACUCACACCAGGGCUUCGGGACUGGGCUCUGGACAGAAUAGCGGUCAGAUGCAUUGAGAGUCGGCCGUAAUUGCUGUCAGAUACGCUAAGGAAAGUCCUAGUGUGCAUAUGCCCUCGGCAGGUGGUGUCAUCUGACCGUUUGAUCGAAAUUCAAACGUAGUUGCGGGGAGAUGUGACCAUCGUUUGUUAACUUUGUUUUCUAAUUUUUUGGCUAAUAAGCUGUAAAGGUGUCCAAUCGUUCCCAGCUCUGAAGUUUACAACGGUGACAAAGCAUGUGGUGAUAGUGGUGGGGUGGGGUGGGGUGAAAUUUAUGGUCUGCUUGCUUGGACGGGACCGUUCCCAUACUGUCGUAGAACGAAAGACCACCUGGAUGUAUAUCAAGACUUUUAGGCAGGGGAAAACAAAAAACAAAAGAAAAG